UAAAAUCGAGAUUAAAAAGGGACCGGUGCCGAGAAGAUGCGGCUGACGAUCAUCCCCAUUACCACGCCGCCGUCCGCCACCGCCUGAUGCAUGAUCUUUCAUUUCUUGAUUUGAAUUUCAAACAAUUGUUAAUCUGUCAAUUUAGAUAUUUUUGCAAUUUCUGGUAGAAUUGUUUCAAUUUUGUUAAUCCUCUUGUUCAAAUAUUAAAGUUACAUGAUCUCACUCAAUUUGAUAUCUUAGAUUCGAGUGUCUUUUGUCAAUGAAUUGGGAGUGGAAGAAGCUGGAAUUGAUGGUGGUGGGAUAUUCAAAGAUUUUAUGGAGAACAUUACUCAUGUAGCAUCGUUCUCCCUUAUUUUUUUUAUAGGAAACUUCUGAUCACCACUAUAUCCAAAUCCUGGCUCAGGAUUGAUUCAUGAACAGCAUCUCCAAUUUUUCCAUUUUCUUGGAAGUCUCCUGGGAAGGCAAUGUAUGAAGGCAUUCUUGUUGAUUUACCAUUUGCUAUGUAUUUUCUCAGCAAACUGAAACAAAAGUACAAUUAUCUAAAUGACCUCCCAUCGCUAGAUCCAGAAUUUUAUUGCCACCUACUUUUCUUAAAGCAUUAUCAAGGUGAUAUUUCAGAGCUAGAAUUAUAUUUUGUUGUUGUAAUUAAUGAAUAUGGAGAACAAACGGAAGAAGACCUGCUUCCUGGCGGGAAAGAUACUCGUGUUACAAAUGAAAAUGUUAUUACAUAUAUUCACCUUAUUGCCAAUCAUCGUUUGAAUUAUCAGAUUCGCCAUCAAAGUUUACAUUUCUUGCGAGGUUUCCAGCAGCUUAUUCAGAAAGAAUGGAUAGAAAUGUUCAGUGAACAUGAAAUUCAGCUUCUUAUCUCAGGCUCACUGGAAAGCUUGGAUGUUGAUGACUUACGUUCUAAUGCACAUUAUUCUGGUGGUUAUCAUCAGGAUCAUCGUGUGAUUGUGAUGUUUUGGGAAGUUCUCAAAAGCUUUUCGCUGGAACAUCAGAAAAAAUUUCUCAAGUUUGUGACUGGUUGUUCUCGAGGCCCGCUCCUUGGGUUCAAGUAUUUAGAACCAAAGUUCUGUAUUCAAAGGGUUGCUCCACUAAAUGUGACUGAGGACGACCUUGACCGAUUACCAACUUCAGCAACAUGUAUGAAUCUGCUGAAGCUUCCACCAUAUAGAAGCAAGGAACAAAUGCAAUCUAAAUUGCUAUAUGCGAUAAACGCAGAGGCUGGGUUUGACCUAAGUUAGAAGACAAGCUGUAGGAUUAGCGAGAUAGGACUUAAUUGGCUGCUUCGACAACCACCAAGUGAAACUUCAGAGGCCGAGAACAACCUCAAUCCUCAUCGACGACCAUGCGAUCAGUGUCAAGAUGAUGAGAGAUUUGGUGGUAUUUCAUCCACUGCGCCCAGAUCCCUGAACUCUACCUGCACUUAACUCUGAGAAUCAGACCAAAAAUAGCCCCCCAAAAAAAAAUGAAGA